AUGAUUUUGGAUGUAGCUGGUCCUAACUUUGGCCAAGGUUCGAGUUCAAAAUAUUAUAACAAUAUUGAACCUGAGUUGCCUUAUUCUUAUGAACCCUCAAUAGAGGAGGAUACUAAUCCUUCAAUGGAGGAGGCACCUGGUCCUUCAAUGGAGGAGGAGCCUAAUCCCGAGUCCCAAAGGAUGGAAACUGCAGGCAAGUUAGCAUGUCCCUAUUGUAUGGAGGAAACACAAUCAUUUAGACUACAACAUGGUAUGAAAACAUCUUGGUUUGACUGUCAUAGAAUGUUUCUUGACCAGCAUUAUCCUUUUAGGAGAGAUAGUAAGAACUUUUUUAAAGGCAAGACUGUCAAAAGAUUACCACUACCCUACAAAAUAGGACAGGAAAUUUUGAACCAAAUUUGUGACUUGGGGAUAGGAAAAGUAAUAGAAUCAGAUGCAGAAGAAGUGAACCGGAGAAUAUGUAAGUCAUGUGGAUGGAAAAAGCGAAGCAUCUUUUGGGAUUUGCCAUAUUGGAGCUCUAACAUGAUUAGACAUAAUCUUGACGUCAUGCAUAUUGAGAAAAAUGUCUUUGAUAAUAUAUUCAACACAGUUAUGGUAAACUAUUGCGAUCGACCUCAAUUGGCAAAGGAUACCAAUGGUAAAUAUUCCAAAGCUGUAUAUACAAUAGACAAGGAAGAAAGAGCUAUUUUGUUCAAUUGGGUGAAAGAAUUGAAGUUUCCAGAUGGUAAUGUGUGGCAGGCACUUACCGAAUUGAGCUUAUUUUUUAAAGAUCUUACAUCAACCACUCUACAAGUGGAUGACAUGAAGAGAUUAGAGACAGACAUCGCACAAAUCUUGUGUAAGUUAGAACGUAUAUUUCCUCCUGGAUUCUUCAACUCAAUGGAACAUCUGCCAGUGCACCUGCCAUAUGAAGCAAGGAUUGCCGGACCUGUACAAUAUCGAUGGAUGUAUCCUUUUGAAAGGUAUCUUGGAACUCUUAAACGAAUGAUUGGAAAUAAAGCUAGUGUUGAGGGUUCCAUUUGUGAAGCAUACUUGAUGACUGAGUCCACACAGUUAUUUUCUCAUUAUUUUGAACCUCAUGUCCGAAGCAACCAUAUUGAGAAUGAGUUCUUGCGUAGUCUUGCUCAUGGAACAUUAAUAGGCGCUACAUGUCAUUCAAUGUAUUUUGUUAAUGGAUACAAAUUUCACACAGAAUGUCAUGGUAGCGCUAGAUCAACAAUGAACAGUGGAGUUUGUAUCUCAGAUCCAAAUUUUGGUGAUUACUAUGGAUGGAUAAAAGAGAUUAUACAAGUGGAAUACCGUGAAAAACCUUUGAAGCAAAUUGUCUUAUUCAAAUGUGAUUGGUUUGACCCAACUAUGGAUGUCGGUGUUAAAAAGGAUAUUCAGUAUAAAUUGGUUGAUAUUAACCAUCGUCGACGAUAUAAAAAAUAUGAACCUUUUAUUCUUGCGAUGCAAGCAACUCAAGUGUGUUAUAUGCCUUAUCCUAGCAAGAAAAAGGACAGGAUUGAUUGGGCAGCUGUAUUAAAGGUCAAACCUCGAAAUAUUGUUGAACUACCUGAUGAGGAAGUGGCAACAACUUCAGAACUGAAUGUUCCAUUCCAAGUCGAAGAAGUUGAAGUCCAUGAGAUAAAUGUGGAUGUUUCUAUUGAUGAAAACGUACUCUUACAUGAUUUAAAUGGGGAUGUAAUUAAAUGA